UGCAUUUGAUUCUUUUUUGUCAGGUUUGAGUUCAAUUCUGAUCAUGAAAAUCCUGGUUUCAUCAUUGCUUCUCUUGUUCCUAUCAGGAACAUAUAGUGUUGCCAUUCAGACACAGGAGGAAAAAGAACCUCCAGCAAAACCUACGAUAAGGGAUUCUGUAAAAAGUGUAUUACGUAAUGUAAUGGUGUUGGGUGCCGAAAUGGUAGCAAACUGGGAAUCACCGGAGGCUGACAGACGGGCUGCAUGUGAGAAGAGAACAGAAAUGAUAAAGGGAAAUUAUUAUACCUUGGGGUAUAGCGUUAUUGAAUACACCAUGGGCAUUUAUAAGGAGGUACAUGAGGAAAUCAACGCCAACUACCCAGUCUACUCUACUAAAGUACUCCCUGUUUUGGGGGAAUUAGCCAUGCUUAUCUACACGAGCACACGUGAUGUUGUGGUGGAAAUCCAGCCUUCUUUUAAGAAGUUUCAGGAUCAAGUCAAAAUACAUCAGAGCGCCUUCUGGGAAGAAAUUCGUCCCGUUGUACAGAAAAAAGCACAGCCGAUUAUAGAUCAGUUCAAUGAACGUAUAAAGCCCAUUAUUGAAGACGUCCGCAAAGAGGUAGCAAAUGCAGAGAGCAAAGAAGAUAGUAAACCUGUUAGUGAACCAGAAGGUCUGGAGGAAAGUACUAUGCUUUCAAAGGUCUUUCAAAAUAUGUUAGUGUUCGAGGAGGAAUUGUUGAAGAAGAUGCAAUCUGAGCUUUUCAGUGCCAAAGCUUAGAGAUACCUUCAGGCGGCAAAGCCAAUAAGAGAGCAGCUCCGGUCAUAACUGAGCAAUGGAGCAAUGAACCUACAUUACAUGGAAAUCUGAAAUAAAUUUUUUUUU